AUGUAUUUUGAAUGUCCUAACAAUGACACAAAAAUAGUAGAAGAUUGUUUUGUAAUAUGCACAAAUUUAAUACCAGGCACAGAUUACACAGGUGUUUUGAGUAUUAUUGAAUUACCUUACGUUGAUAUGCCAGGACAAACAUUUUCAGAUAAAUUAGAUAAUCAAUUAGCACGUUUGCGAAGUUCAUCUGAAGCAAAAAAACCGUGCCUCCGUAGUGCAACGAAAACAGCAUCACAAGUUAGUACAAAAGAAUGUAUUAGCAUGAAACAAACAUGUACUGCUGCUACAACUCCGACUGCUAUUAACUACAACCGCGGCAUGACACUAACUCAAACAUUUUUAACAACGUUUCUAUCAACAAUCGAAGAAAAUUCUAAACGAUCAAAACACCAUUAUAUGUAUAAUGACAAAAUAGUAACAUUUUCAAAAUCGUUACUAAUACUCGCUGAUCGUAAUGCAUACGAAUUUCUUCGCUUAAAUUUACAAUAUGCUUUACCAACGAUUCAAUCACUCAACAAAAAGUUAUGCUUUGUUGCACCAAUGGUAAAUGGUGAACCAGUUCCACAAGCAUAUCGAUGUACAGCAUUUGAACAAUUAGAAUAUUUAUAUCGAACAGUACCCCAAUCAACUUUAGUCAAUAUCCAUGUUGUACAACCAAUUACUAAUCUUACGACUUCAUCUAUUAUUUUAUCUGCCUAUGGCACAAAUAAUAAAAUCACAAGUAUAGAAAUUUUACAACGUUGGUUAAAUAUAUUUAAACAAUUUAUUUCACGGGGUAUACGAGUAGUAGGAUAUAGCACUGACGGCGAUCCAAAAUAUCUUAAAGCAAUGCAUAUUGACCAAAUCAAAUCCGAAGAAGCGACAAACAAUGAAAAUCGACUUAUAUUUCCAAUUCAUCAUAAAGUAAAAUGUUUAUUGCAGCAGAGCAUAUCAAUAUUGACGGACGAUGAUGAUUUUAAAAUAACAAGUUUAAAAGAUCUAAUUGAAAAAACUUUUAGAACUGCACAAACAAUGGCUGAAUAUGUUAAAAUGAAAGAAGUAUUAAUGGAAAAUAGUUGUUUUAAUUUGAAUAAAUUAUCAGAAUCAAUUAAACAACAGUUAUCAGCGCAUACUUUAAACGAAACACAAUUUUAA